AUGGCGUCAAACAAGGACAUGCGACGAGCGGAUCUUGCCAUCCCCUAUGUCGAUCCCCCCAAGAGCGCCAACGAUGCCGACAUGUCCAGUACCAUGUCGAGCACAUUGCCAAUGGCAGCGAUGUUUAUGCGCAACAGGGUAUCUUUCGUCUUCUCACUUCAGACCUGGCUCGGCGAGUCACCCGAGCAGAAGAAGACCGCCGCGACCCCCGCAUAUAUGUCGGUGGCCAUGUCCUUGAUGGCGCUCGUUGUUACCUAUUUCCCCUUGUUCUUGCCUCCUCAAGCCGCCCAGGGCACCGCCGCCAGCCCUCCUGCUCCUUCGCCCUCGCCAUAA